AUGCCUAACCCCCUUCCUCAAGUCCAAGUCCAUAUCGCUCCUAAUGUCCAGGGACCCGACAGCCCAAAUGUUCGGAUUCGCCCAACUUUAGACCGUUUACACACAUCUCGACCAUCAGAGCCACCCCAGCCACCCACAAACCCACCAUCUCCCACUUCUUCUGCACGACAUUACACCGGCACCGGCCCUUCACAAGUCAACUGGAUCUCUGCUUCUACUCCUCAUGUUCCUAGUCCUCUGGGCACGAACGCUCCCCGAUGGCCAUCCUCCAUUCCUGCCACUCCCUACGCACACCACCUCGGCCAUUCCGUCUCAUCUCCCUCUCUUCUGCCAGCCGCAGCUGCCGGAUCUGGCUCUACGAUUUCCAUUCCUACCUCGCCCUCGACGCAGGCGACGGCCACAGAGACGAAUAAGAUGUAUAGACAUCCUUCGUUGUCGAGCAAUCGGUCUCUGCAGCUCGAUAUGCUUUAUGGUCGCGAAGGUUCUGGAGAUGGAGAGUGGGAUGAAUCUGAUCGAGAUCGGGGUGCGCAGGCGAGGAAGCCGUUGAGCCCGAUAUUGGAGAGGACGUAUCAGUCGGCGGCGGUGGCGAGGAGGGACCAGACCUCGCUUGGGAGGGGAGGUACAGGGUCUCCUGGUACACCUGGUACACCUGCUUCGUUUGACCAAGUAGAACGUGGCUCGACCCACUCCGCGUUCCUUCUUCGACCUCUGCGUCGAUCCAUGUCCCAAACGUCGACUAGCUCAUUCCGUACAACGGGCUCCCUCCAAUCCGUCCCUCCCACCCUCCCCCAACUCGACCUCAGGCCCCCGUUCAGCCCAACCCUCCCUCUCUCUCAUCAUGCUAGUCGCUCAGGCCCACAUUUUUCUACGGUAUACGAAGACGGGACAUCGGAUCGCACAGGCAGCUUCGUCACAGCGAAUUCCGUCACGGGAGUGACGAGGGCUGGUGGUUAUGGCGGUCAAGGAAGGGCAGGAGACGAAGAGUCCGUGGAAUCGGGCUCGAGUCAUACACAUAUAGGCCACCCGUCACUCACGCAUGAGCUCAACCAUCAACCAAUACCCUUCCUCGGGCUCGGAGGUUCAUACCACCUUCCAACCACCCCCCAACCCGGCUCUUCCACCAACAUCCUCAACACCAAUCCCGCGUCCACCUCCCAUCUCAAACCCAACCCUCCCCCUCCCUCCGGCCCUCAUCCUGGUUCCGGACCAAUUCCCCGUCCCAGUCGCGUGCAAGCGCCAGAUCCGAAUCCUCGUUCCUCGUCCUUCAUCUACCGUCGUUGGCGCCAAGGCGUUUCGUUCGGGAGCACACGACCACAUUUCUCUUUAUCGUUUUCGUUCUCUCGGUCUUCAACAUCCGGCCAAGAACGAAGAGAGGGGCCGAGAUUGGUCCAGCUUCCGCCGUUGCCUGCGAUUUUGUUCUGGGUGGGGUUCGUGGCGCCGUGGUGUUGGUUGAUUGGGGGAUGGUUGGUUGUGGAGGGUGAGGGGCCGAAGUUGCCGCUUUGGGAGAUGAGAAGGCCUGUGGAGGAGGGUGGGAAGGAGAAGGAGAAGUCUAAACGGGAGGGAAGGGGAAAGGAGUUCGAGCCUCAAGUUGCGCCUGCAUCCGCACCUCCUGCGUCCACGUCCACACCAUCUUUACCUCCACCUCCACCUCCACCUCCACCUCCACCUCCACCUCCACCUCCGUCUUUACCGCCACCGCCACCACCUGCCAUCAUCGCACCCUCCACUUCAUUCCUGGACAUGGACAUCGAGGCACGACCGCACGACCAAGUCAACGCGGGAGAAAGUGAGAACACGCGCUGGUGGCGACAGUGGGGUCCUCGGGAGAAACAAUCUCCUCGAGGCCCUCCGACGGGGAACGAGAAGAUAGUUUUGAUCAGGAUGAGGACGAAGGGGGCGGAGAAGUGGGUCGUGAGGUGUAGGAGGGCGGCGGUGGUCAGCGGGGUGCUUUUGACGAUUGGGUUUAUUGUGGCAGUUGUUCUGGUGAGUCUGUCGAAGUGAGAGACUUGGCGUUGUUAUUUUUCUAUUUUUGCUUGUGGACUUCAUAGACUGUGCUUUACCUUGACCUCGCAUUUGCAUUCGACGGGACUUUCAAGAACCUUUCCGGUCUGCAGUUUGCUUGGACCGGAAUAAUGACGAUUUUAUGUAUUCAAUGUGGCAUUUCAGACGUACAAACACACCUUUCAUAAUGUACAAUAGCUGGCAUCUUGCACGAUACUCUGCCGUCCGACUUCAUGAUAAAAUACUUUCAUUUACGACACUGUACAAUCGCAUCUGUAUUUAUCAGCCUCAUGAGGGGGGUUAGAGCAGCCCCUUCCCCCUGGCUACCUACUGUACCAGCUUUACUGUACACUUUUUGGGAAUGAAUGCUGUUAAC